CGCGCGGCACCACUACCGCUGUUCCACACCACACCGAAUGCCGGAGAUCAACGGAGGGGAGCGUUGUUGACAGGCCACAGCACCAGCACAGGAGAAAUUCCCGUGGCAACCAAGCAUGGCAUCACCACCAAUAUCGACAGCUGCUGCUGCUGCCGUUCGCAGCAGGAGCUGCGUCGCGGGCCGGAGGCUCUCCUCCCACCGCCGGCCGAGGUUUCCCACGGCCACCGGCGGUGGUCCGUCCGAACCGUCGUCCCGUUCGCUCUAUCUCGCGCCGCUGGGGUGGCGGUCGUCGCUUUCGUUCGGGGGCAGGAACCCAACGACGCGGCGUUGCUCCCAACACUCCAUGGCCCCGGUGGGGAACCGGUGGGCCGCACUGGCACCGGCAUCGACGGCGACCGCGGUGUGGUGCGGGGACCGGUCUCAGCGGCACUGCUACCACCACUACUCUCGCCAGAAACAGGAACGGCAACAGAAACAGCAACAGCCGAUGCGCAAGAACACCCCAGCGGGCGGCACCACGGGCCACGGAAUAUUCUCCUCGGAGGGGCAAGGGACGCUCCGGCACCACGGCGGUACGUUUUGCUAUUGUCUCGCGUCGCCGCUGCGAGGCCAUCUUUCCGCACAACACCAUCUCUGGUCACCUUGCGGGGUGCGGGAAAAUGCUACCACCUUGCACUCGGCGAGAAGCUUUUCCUCGGUUCCGCCAGCGUCUUUGCUCCACCGAAAAGCGGGCAUUUACCUUCCAGAGACCUACCCUUUGUUGGGCAAUCCGGCAGCGGCGGGGAGGAUCGGACGAAUCGGGUUUCGCAAGCACAGCAGCAAUGGCAAUAGCAGCAACAACAGCAACGGCACGAAGGAGAAAGCACCACAAUCCACACCGCCACCCACCACCGUAAACCCCUCGGAAUCGAACAACAACAAGAUACAGGAAUUCAUGGAUUCGACGGUGUCGACGGUUCGGACAAACGUAGGCUCGGCCGAGGCAACCAUCAAAAAGGCCGUGGAAGAACUGAGCACGGGGGACCUCCUCUCCGUCUACGGGAUCGUCUUUCUCAUCGUCCUCAUCGGCGUCAUGCCCUCCCUCGUCCGCCGGAUGCAGUCCUCGGACCACUACGACUCCAAAUCGGAGGACCCCCUGUUGGAGCUGGCGCGGAUGAUCCGGGGGGAGUUUCUGGAGAACGUGAACCGCAUCCAGGAAGACAUCAGCGAGGCCGACGGCGAUGGCGACGGUAGCGACACAGAUGCCGGCGACGCCGAGGGCCGCAAGAGGUCCUCGCUGGGCCUCGAUCGCAUCGUGGCCGAUCUCCUGAGGUCGCCGCAGAUCCAGGAGGCCGCCACCACGCUGGUCACCAAGGUCCUCCAGUCCCAGCAGUUCAAGGCGGCCUGCGCCCUGCUCCUCCGGGAACUCCUGAGGGACCUCCUGGACGACCCCGACACGCUCGACCAGCUCGUCCACCUGCUGCAGACCGCCAUCGCCGACGAGAAGAUACGAGAGGCCGCCAUCGGCCUGGCCACUGACGUCUUUGGGGACGACCGGGUCCUGGACGAGCUGGUGGUCCUGGUGCAGAGGCUCGGGAUGGAGGGCCAGGUCAUGGCCGCGACGCAGGCCCUGCUGGUGGAAUCGGCCCACAACGCACUCAACGACCCGGAGAUCCUGGACCACUCGAUGGAGUUCGCGACGGACGUGGUCGGGGACGACGUGGUCCAGCAGACGGCCGGGGAGGCCCUCUACAACACCAUGUCCUACGCCUUUAGGCCCGCCCUCUCGGUCUGUGAGUCUCUUGUGUUGUCUUGUCAUCUCUUGUCUUGUAUUUUGCAAUGGAGGCAACUGUUUUUGUUGCGACGCGUGCGAUUGUGUUCAUCCGGCAAGAUUAUGGCAUUGUUUCCGAUCAGAGUCCUCACGCAUCGAUUCUCUCUUCCGCGUUUGUUUCUUCUUAUUCGCUGCAGUCCUGGCGCUAACGGGGGUCGGAUUGAUUUUCGUCUCCAUCUCCGCCUUUCGAAACCUGGCCCAAACUCCCAGCGAUGCGGCCGAUCGGGCAUUUUUGGGUGCCAUUGAAACGUACACCUCGCGGUUGUUGAAAGUUCUCUUCCUUCCCCUGGAUUUCUUGGUGGCUUGCAAGGACGCGUUGGUGGCCAUCGCCUUGUUCCCGUUUCGGUUUCUAUCUUCUAGCGCGGCGAGGGCCGGCGACCUAGGGAAGGCGCUGCUCGGGGCCGUCCGGGACUGGCUCUUCUGGCUGGUCCACCUGCCCUUUGAGCUCCUCUCCUCGGUUCUGUCGGCCUCGAGCCACGCCCUUGGUGCCGCCGCCACGAAUCUGGUGGACAAGCUCGGAGGAUGGCUCCGCGCCGUAGGCGAAUCCCUGUUCGGCCUACCGUGCCAGAGGCUGGGAGAGCUCUCGUCGGAGCUGCUCGAACGAGCCACAGAUCGAUUCGGAGCGAUGGGUUCUUCGGCGAGGGAGUGGUUCUCCGCCGUCCCGCUCCGGGCGCUGGAGAGGCUGUCCUCGGAGCUCCUGGAAGCGGCCACGGCCCGGCUCGGCGGGUGGGCAUCCGCACUCGGCGAAACGAACGCGGGUGUCAAGCUCCAGGAACUGGCUCGGCUGACGUCCGGCGCCCUGGAACAAACCAGGAUUCGCUGGAGGAUCCUCAACGAGUUUCUCUCCGACGGUGCCCUUCGCGUCGAAGAGCUCGGAUCGAGGGUGGUUGCUUCGCUGGCGGGCAUGCAUGCGUUGCCCUUUGAAACGCAGAGAAAACAAUACUUCGACAAAGCAUCGAAGGGAUACGAAUCUUUGAACCAUUCCCUCGCUCGUUUUGCCUUUUGGCUGGAAGACUUGCUGGGCAGAAUGGCUGGGAUCAUUUGAGGAGUAAAAAGGAGCCAGCUAGCUAGUGCCACAAUCGCCGUGGGGAGCACUCCUCUUCAGAGAAAAAAAAAGGCCCAGGUUUCGUUUUCCCAUACGAGAACAAGUUGAAACAACCCUAAGAAACAGAUGGAAUCCGAGAUCCCGCAACGAGACCUAGAGGACAAGAACCGCCGGGGGACGGUCUUCUCGACCCACGCCUAGAUUAUCAAAGAACGAGCUUAAAAUAGAAACCUCAACCUAUG